GCCGGGGCACCCUGCCCGGGCGCUGAGCCGCCCCCCGACACCCCACUGCGCCCGCCGCCCCGCUCCCCUCGCCGCCCCGGCAUGACCCAGCCACAUCGGCCGCAAGGAUGAAGCGCUGCUGCCCGGGGGCGGCUUGGGUGAUGCUGGCAGCGCUGUGGCUGGCAGCGAGUGAAUCGCAGCCCCCGGGGCGCCAGGACGGCGCCGUGCCGCGGGGGCAACGGGACCCGGUGCGGCCGUCCCCCCGCCCGCCGAGGCACGCCGACAGACCCACCUGCCCCGCCGGCAUGAACUGGAUCGAGAGGGUUCGCCGGUGCUGCGCCCAGUGUCCCGCAGGGACGUUCCUGCAGAAACCCUGCUCCAGCCACGGCAACGACAGCGUCUGCUCUGCCUGUACCGCCGGCACCUUCCGCGCCCAGCCCAACACCUUCCCCAAGUGCCAGGCCUGCUACGAGUGCGACCACCACGCUUUCCAGAGCGUGCUGAGCAACUGCUCGGCCACCAGCAACGUCGCCUGCGGCUGCGAGCCCGGCCGCUUCCGCCACUGCCUCGACGGGGGCUGCAGCGAGUUCUCCUGCCUGCCGUGCCAGCCCUGCCCCGGGCGGCUCGUCCAGCGGCCCUGCUCGGAGGCGCAGGACACGCUCUGCGGCGGCUGCAAGCCCGAUUUCUACGCCGACGGCGGCGAGUGCCGGCCCUGCCGCCCGACCCCCCCGGAGACGUGCGGGAAGGAGUGCCAGAGGGCGUGCGGCGGCGGAGGCUCAGGGCUGGAGUACGUGCUGCUGGCGCUCACCGGACCCCUCUUUCUGGGCGCCCUCGCCAUCUACCACAAGAGGAAGCGGCGCCGGCACGACUCCCCGGCCGGCGGAACCCUCCCCGCGGGGUGGGCGGCCCCCGCCACGGCCGGAGCUGCGGUCACGCCGUGGUACCAGGUCAGUGCCCCGGUGCGCGACAGCCCGUGCUGGACCCAGCCGUGCUCCCCCCAGGUGACGGAGCGUCCCGCCGGCACGGCGAGGCGGAGCCCCGAGCACUUGGCCUUGCUGCGGGGGGAGCCCGGCGGCGCGGGCCGGGCGGGUGGCGAGGGGGAGCCCUCCGCCCCCCCGGAGCCCCGCGGGGGGCUGCUGCAGGGCAGCCAGCUCUACGCCGUCAUCGACGCGGUGCCGGUGCGGCGCUGGAAGGAGUUCAUGCGGGUGCUGGAGCUGCGGGAGGCGGAGAUCGAGCUGGUGGAGCUGGAGGUGACCCACAUCCGCGACCAGCAGUUCGAGAUGCUGAAGCGCUGGUGCCAGCAGACCAGCCCCACGCUAGACCGCGUCUUCGCCGCCCUGGAGCGCAUGGAGCUGGCCGGCUGCGCCGAGGCGCUGCGCCGGGCCCUGCCGCCGGGCCCUUGACCCCCCCGGCGCCGCCGCCCCGGCAGAGGGAGGUCCCGGCACCACCCCCGGCUCGGCCAAGCCAUACCCCUAAGUAUUGUUACUUAUGCCGUGUAGACAUUUUAUGUCAGUUUUAUGUCCCCUCCCCUCCCCGCCCGCCCCCCUAUUUAUGUCCCCCUGCUCCCAGGGCCGGGGGGGACCCCGCGCCCCGGCUGCCCGGCCGCUCGCGGGACGAGCGGGCGCCGAGCCCGCCGCGAACCCAUGGGAUAGUUCUCGAGGCCCCCCCGCUGCCGGGCGGGCCUGCCCCCGCCCCAAUAAAGUGGCGUGU